UUCUCAGAGAGAGGAGGAGUGUCGUAAGAAGGAGGAGGCAGAGCGAGUGAGGACGGAGAGAGAGAAACACUUGAGAAAGAGGAGGCUGAACGAAUGGAGAGGAAAAAGCGUCUGGAGGACAUUAUGAAGAGGACCCGUCGCUCUGACCUCGUGGAGAAGAAAACACCUCGCAAGAAUGGAGCUGACCCAGCGUCUGUUCCCUCAGUGUCAGGGUCAGGGACCGAGCACAGUGACAGCAACGGCCAUGGAGCCCCCAACCUUGACCCCAGCUCUAACCCCAGCACAGCACUGCUGCCCCCUGCUGACGAGAGGUUGUUUGAAGAGGUGAUAGUUCUCCCUGCAGACUCCAGACUUCCUCCUCCUGGUGAAGAAGAGGAGGAAGAAGAGCAGCUUGUCCCUAUCAUUGCGUUCCAGGAGAACGGUAUCGUCAUGCCUCUGAUUGGAGGAGUGGUCGACACCCCGAUACAACACACAGCUGGUCAUUCGUCAUGAUCUUCCUCAACCUUCAGUGUGUUUAUAUCAGAUUUACAUUAUUAUUCAACCAUUUCCUUCAUUUAAUUAGUAUUUAACCUCUAUUUAAAACUGGUAUUUUACCUUUCUUUAACCAGGCAAGUCAGUUGAGAACUAAUUCUUAUUUUCAAUGACAGCCUAGGAACAGUGGGUUAACUGCCUUGUUCAGGGGCAGAACGAC